AUGCCUUGUUCAUGCUUUAGGAUCAGAAGUGUGAGGUGUGAGGGGCAAAAUUGCCCUUACUACCCAUACUUUCAAAAUGAUGAGGAAUACCGCAACAUACAUACUGUAUUUGGGUACAGAAAUAUCAGGAGAGUGUUUUUUUCAACUGAUAAUCAUGAUCGAAGACAAGAAUUGGUUGAUUCCCUAGCUUGGGAAGCAAGGAAUAAAAUGCUUUACCCUUUUACAGGGUCUUAUGGAGUUCAGAGAGAGACUGAAGCCCUUGUAGCUACUCUGCAAAAUCAGAUUGCCACUCUGGAGGCAGAUUUGGCCAAUGCUCAAAAUUCUGGUGCAGCUAAUCUCAAUCUCAAUCUCAAUCUCAAUCUCAAUCCUCAUCAAAUGCCACAGAUACCUAAUCCAAAUCCUCCUCAAGUGCCGCAGAUGCAUAAUUUUUUGGGUCUACCUAAUGUCAAUGCUGAUGUCAAUGAUGUUGUGAAUCAAAAUCCUCCUCAAGUGCCAUAG